AGGAAGAAGGGCCUUGGCUUUCAUACCGCUCCGGCAGACAACAGAACAACCUUUUACUUCUCCUUCUACUCUGAUCCUUUUUCUUUUUUUACUGCUUUCUGAAGAUCACUACUUUAUAAAGAUUGACCAGAGGAAGAGCAAAUUAAAAAUUACCAUGGAGGUGCUGGUGCUGAUCGACUUUGAGAGCAACAUGGAUGAUGAGCUCACGGUGAGGAAGGGGGAUGUGGUGAAAAACGUCACCGUUGCCAACGAAGAAGGAUGGCUGCACGGAGAGCUGGAAGGGAAAAAAGGCAUCUUCCCUAGCAACUUUGUCCAACAAAUACCAGUAUAUUUAAUGGGCAAUGACUCAAGGGAGCCCCGGAGCAUCAGAAAAAGUAAGAACGUGAAGAAGAGGAAAUGCGAGGUCACCUACGGGUACGCUCCUCAGAAUGAAGACGAGCUGGAACUUGUUGUUGGCGAGACGAUAGACAUCGUUAAAGAGAUAGAAGAUGGAUGGUGGAUGGGCAUGAGAAAUGGCAAACUUGGGGCAUUCCCAUCCAAUUUUGUCAAAGAAAUCUUUGUAACUCCGAAAGAGGGAAGGUACGGCGAGGGGAAGACAAGGCCCAAACUAACUGAUGCUGUGUUUACUAAGGAGAGAGCAACUGUGAGAAACAAAGCAAAAACCUCUAUGGAAUGUUGCCAAGUCAUGUUUGACUAUAAAGCCAAAGCAGAAGACGAGUUGGAGCUGAAAAAAGGAGAUGUUGUAGUGAUACUGAACAAGGAAACAGAAGAUGAAGGCUGGUGGGAGGGAGAGCUGAACGGGCGCCGCGGCUUCUUCCCCGACAACUUUGUGAUGAUUCUACCACCAAGGGACAACAAGCAAUCUAGAAACACGAGCCAACCACCAGCCCGCAACGCCACUAUUAAAGUCCCAGCUAAAACAGAAGAUCCAGCAAUGGAGAAAGCUGAUGCAUCUAAAACAAAAGAAGACAAGCCAGAAGUUAAGGAUUUGAGAAACCAUCCUCCAGCCAAAGUCAAACUGCCACCCCUCAGGCCCGCUCCACCUCCUGUCAAAGAAAAGCCCAACAAAGUUGUACCAACUGCAACAAAYGGAGAUGCGGCGCCUGUUUCCCCCAAAAAGCCAGAGGAGGAGGAGGCCAAUCAGUUUGAUGGUGUGAAUGUGGAAAGUGAAAAGCUGAAUCAUCCUACGGCGAACAGAGCCAAACCUCCACAGAGGAGACCUCCAUCAGGUCAAAACGCAGCAACACAAGAUCAGACUGAGACAAAACCAGAACCAGAACACAAAAAGCCCCAAUCUGACAAACUACCAGUCUUGCCAAAGGGCCUAGAAAACAUCAUGCCAAUAUUACCUCAGAAGCCUGACAUUCCACACAAGAUGUCAACUCGAGCGUCUCCUCCUAAGCCAAUUUUGAAAAACAAAACGGAGAACAAUACAGAAGAGCCGACUGUGGGAAGCCUACAGGCCGAGAUCAAAGAGCUGAGGAUGGCUCUGGAGCUGCUUCAGACGCGACACGAACAAGACAUGCAGGAAGUGAAAGAAGUACUGAGGGAGGAGAGAAACAAGCGAGUGGAGCUGCAGAAGGAAGUGUGCGGUCUGAAGACAAAGCAAUAAUCUCAACACAGACUCUGACUGAGCUGCUUGUCUGGCUCAGUGUGAUGGAGGUGUUUGGACUGUAAACAAGAUUGUGACACCAAGUUAAAAAAAAAAAAGGAGGGUACAGUAAAUAUACUCCAACUGACGACACACAAGGGGUGUGUGAAACUUUAACGUAUUGCUGGACAUUAUAAAGCUCAGCCUGAAAUGGACCAGCGAGACACUUUUAAUCAAAUGGACUUUAAAAGAAAAUGCUGUUAAAUUACAUUUAUGAUGCUGGAGAUUACAGGUAAUGAUCCUUUUAUGGGGUUUACUUAAAAGAGAAUUAAUAUUUUAUACUUUCUUUCCACUGUGAUAUUAAGAAUUUUUAUUCAAAAUUUUACUGUAGGCCAUUUAUAAAGCUUUGGAAUUUGUAAUAUAUGCAGCUGUUGUAUAUAAAACGUAAGAUUGUGAAUGUUAAUAAAAAUGCUGUUAUUAAAAACUGCUGAGAUUAA